UUAUUCGACUGUUCUGAGAUCUGGAGUGGGGAAAAACAAGGCUUUGUUCUGGUUCCUCCAAUGUAUGAGAUUUUCUUUUCAACCUUGCUCCCUACUGCCCAUAGCAUGAUUGUAGGAAAUGCGUGCAUCUACCUCCACACCAGAGUGAAUGGUUCAUCGAUCAACCUCUCACGGCAAAGUACACGCAACGACGUCUACCCCAGCGACGAGGAAAGCGUCAUCGAUUUGUUCAACAAGUUCAAACUCGACUUCUCUAAAACGUACCAUUCCUUCCAAGAAGAAAAAGUGAGGUUCCUCAACUUCCGUGAAAAUGUUCAUAUGAUAAAUACAAAAAACAAAAUCCAUGCCGGAAUCACAACUUUCAGAAUCAACCAGUUUUCUGACAUGUCGCAUACAGAAUUCAGAGAGAAGAUUCUGAUGACGAGUACGGUGUCUCCCGACUUUGAGAAAAGACAGAGCCAUCUUGCCGAGUUUUCCACAGAUUUGGAGGAACUUGUGGCUCCUCACCAUUUUGACUUUACGGGUACAGGCGCUGUGACGUCAGUUAAGAACCAGGGAAGUGCCGGGACUUGUUGGGCCUUUGCUACAGUAGGCAACCUGGAGGGUCAGUACUUUAUGAAGACCAAGGAGAACGCCACGUCACUCUCUGUAGAGCAGCUUUCAGACUGUUCGUCUUUCUACGACAAGAAGAUGAAACAUCCGACUUGUGGUAUGCACGGGGGCUGGCCUAAUGCGGCUUACCAGUACGUGAAACAGGCAGGGGGCAUCAACACAGACUCGGACUAUCCUUACUGUAUAGGUAAACAGUCAGGCUGUACUCCGUGUGCGCCGCCGCGCUACAACGCUACGGUUUGUGGUUCUGGCUGGCCUUACCCUCCCGGCACGUGCAACAAGUCCCAAAGCUGCAGUGUGAAGAUCAACCCAAAGAAAUUCGUGGCCGACAUUAAGGUCAAAGGUUAUCUGUAUGUGCCCAAAGAUGAGGAAACAAUUGCCAGGUUUUUGAUUAAGAACGGACCCCUGGCUCUAGUCCUUGACGCUACGGACCUUGGGGAAUAUUCCUCGGGGGUACUCAAGCCUGAGCACUGCAAACCGGAACAUUUUAACCACUGUGUUUUGUUAGUGGGCUACGGCCAAGACAAGAAAUCGGGACUGGACUACUGGAAGAUCAAGAACUCCUGGGGCACAAGAUGGGGGGAGAAAGGUUUUCUCAGACUGCAGAGAGGGGUGGGGGCAUGUGGGGUCAACCUCAUGGUCAGCACAGCCAUUUUGAAGUGAGUGACUGAGUGAGUGAGUGAAUGAAAAAAGGCGCGAGUGAACCGGAUGAAUGAAGAGAGCAGCUAUUCCGAAAAGGAAGAGAUCGACUCACGAGACAUGCCGUCAUUCACUACCCUGUGCUAACAGAUGUGCUACAUGUGCUGGUUGUCACAUAGUUAGAGGAAAGAUUCGCCCUAUAUCUUUUUGAAAAAGUAUUUUUUUUUAAAACGUCUUAUUCUGUGUUACACAAUCCUAUAGAGUGUGUUGUUUUGGAUAACAAGGACAGCCAUCCCUUCCAAACUGGAGACAUGAUUGCUGGUCUAAAAGUCACAGGUCGACUUAAAACAAGAACAUUCAAAAUUAUUUAGACAUUUCCCGAUUGUAAUCUGUUAUAGAGCAUUUUGUUUUUCAAAUAAACAAAGUUCGAACUAA